CAUGGGAAAGCUCACCAAGCAAUAGAAACGUUUCAGCAAAUGCAGAGAGCAAGAGUGGAGCCUAACGGCAUCACAUUUCUUGGCCUGUUGAUUGCUUGUUCACAUGCUGGUUUAUGGCGAGAGGGAUUGAUGUAUUUUGACAGGAUGGUAAAGGAUCAUCAUAUAGGAAUCGAGCAUUAUGGUUGCUUAGUCGAUAUGGUUGGACGAGCAGGACAACUCACCCGGGCUCUUGACAUAGUUGAGAAGAUGCCAAUGAAACCAGACUCAAAGAUAUGGGGCUCAUUGUUAAGUUGUUGCAGGAGUCACUGGAAUCUUGAGAUUGCUAUUAUUGCAAUGGAGCAUCUUAUAGAGCUGGAACCAGAUGACACUGGCAACUUUGUUUUACUCUCCAAUAUCUAUGCUCAUCUUGGGAUAUGGGAGGGUGUUUCCAGAAUGAGGAAGCUUAUAAGGAGUAAGAGCACUAAGAGAAACCCAGGAUGCAGCUUGAUUGAGGUCAACAAUGUUGUUCAAGAGUUUGUAUCAUGUGAUGAUUCUAAACCAUUUUCAGAGGACAUCUUUCAUAUGCUAAAGCUGCUGACUUUGCAUCCGAAGGGAGCUAACGACAUCGCAGAGGGUCCAAGUAAAUAUUUGUGCUGAAUCUCCAGAUUUUUUUGAAGUAUGGGAGGAUUGGGGUAGUUUUCCAAUAAAUACCACUAGAUAGAGCUUUUCAUUGAAAUUAUUUAUACCUAGAAAACCAAAUGACAAUUGUAAUGCUGGGAGAAAGUAUCAGUACCAACUGGAGUUCCUUAAUCAACAUAACUUAUGUUCAUAUUGCCUCAGAUAUAAAUGGCUUCAUACUUUACUAAUUUAGUAUACAUUGCAAAUUCCAGUUGUUAAAGGUACCUAAUAGCAUACAAUAACAAUAAUCAUAUUGAGAAAACAAGUGAGCUAAAGCAUGAUCAUGCACAUAUCUAAUUAAUGUAAUAAAGAAAUUGCUCUGCUCCUGAGGCUUUUUGACCUCAUUUCCCAGGAUAAUGUAGUUAUCAUCCCACGCAGUUGUAAUCUCACCCCAAUAAGACAAGACUUAUGUCUUUGUUUCAUAAGCUAGAGUACAAAAAUGAAAACAUGUGCAUAAGCUAAAUAGGGAAAAAUCAUCAAGUUUAUUCAGUGACUAGAAACAAGAGUUCCAAAUCGGCAUAGCAUAAGUUCAAUAGUGGAGAUAUCAUAAAGCGUCAUUCACUAGGCCGCAUUAUCAUUCAAAGGAAAGGCCACAUAUGAUGAUCAGCGCAUAUACACUGAAGUCCAUGAAAACUGCAUCCAUUACCUUCUGCAUCAUAAAGGCUACUUCCAGAGCAUUACCGACUUGCUCGACCAAGUCAUGUCCAUCAGUCGGACCCUUGUUUUCU